GUAAAUAAAACAAAACAAAAAUUCGGAUGUCGUAUUGGGAGCGUAAACUGUUUAAAACAGUAAAUUAAACGGUAAAUUUUGCUGCAAACAAGCGUUAAUGAAUUGUUAAAUGUUAAAUAAUAAUUGCUUUAACCGAACGUUCUGCUAUGAAUAUUGAAAAAUUGAUUACAAACGUCCGCAAUGAAAGUUGUUUAUGGGAUCAAAAACAUAAAGACUUUUACAAUCCUUUGAUAAGGGAUAGACUAUGGGAAUCCAUUGCGAUGGAGUUGAAUGUAAAUAAAUUUAUUGCUAAAGACCGUUGGAACAGACUACGAUAUAAAUAUCGCGUACUAUUGAAACAACUCAAAGAAGCAGAAGAAGCUGGGAAACCCUUUACAUGUACUUGGAAAUAUUUUGAGGAUAUGUCAUUUAUAAAAGAUAAAGUAAUAUUAACAAUAAAAUAUAAUUUAACAGAAGAACAACCUACUAGCCACCACAACCACCAACUAAACGAUAGUGUAAAUGGUACUCAUAGCGAAAAACUUAAAGAAUACAUGGAGCACACAAAUGAGAACUUAAUCCAAAUAAAAGUUGAACCUAAUGAAGAAGAGUUUCUAUCGAAUUCGGAGUCACAAACGGAUAUUGAAGAAAAUGAAAGAGAAGAUAAUAUUACAAUGCAAUCAAAGGGAUCUAAGCAUGAAACGAACAGAAAAGAAUGUGUGAAUAGUGAAAAGGAUAGCCUUUUGGUAUUGGAGCGAGAAAAACAUGAGCUUUUAGAAUCUCAAACGGAUAAGAACAAAGAUGAAGACUAUGAAUUUCUAAUGAGUUUUCAUCAACCAUUAAAACAUAUGAAUUUAAAAGAUAAAUUGUUAUUCCGUUGUGCCAUGCAAAAACUUUUAUAUAGUUGUUUGGUUGACGAUGGAUAUUGCAGAUCGUGAAAUAUAUUUAUCAAGAAUCUAAAUCGGAGAAGAAUCGAAACCCUUAUAUAUAAAGUAUUAUCGCUUUUCUUCCUGUAUUAAUAG